AUGUUUAAAUUAUUAAUAGUUUUAAUAUUAUCAAUUACUACUCUUGUAAUUGGUCGAUCAUAUUUAAUUGAUGGACCAACACCAGGACAAUAUUUAUGGAGAACUUAUUAUGAUUCUUGUAACUUUUAUACCAAUAUUACAUUGUCUAUACAAGGAAAUAAGUUUUUUACCUAUAAUACUGCCAAUCCAAAGUUAAAGUAUAUUGUAAAUGCUACCGUUAAUAGUGAUGGUGUUACUUUCCAAGGUUUUGGAACAGUUUAUAGUACAUCACCACCAUAUGGUCCAAUUUCUGUAACUACUGUAAAGGGAGAAGUAACUAAUCCAUUCACAAUCACUGCCGUCUACGCCAGUAACGAAUAUCAUAAUCAAACUAUUGAAAUUUAUAGUCUUUUUGGAUGUCCAUUAAUUUUAGAUACCAUUAAUGAUGAUGAUGAUGAUUAUGAAUCAAAUGAACCAGUAGAUAAUGUUGGUCGUCCAUUAUUGUAUUAA